AUGAAUACAAUUUUGAAUUUGAUUCAAAGAAUAACAAAUUUUGAAAUAUCAAGAAACGAGAAAUCAUUUUUUGAAGAAAUGGCUAUAUGUGAAAAAAAAUUGGAAAACUUUCCUCAUACACAGGAUCUUUUUAAGACCAUGUGUUUUUUUUUGCAAAAAGUACUAGAAGUUGAGAAAAUAGAUGAAAUACAUGAGAAGCUAAAUAUAAUGAGAAGAUCGAUAUCUUCUUCGAAUUGUAUUAUAAAAAAAGUUCUUAAUGAAAUGGAUCAAUUACAUGAAUUACAAAAAAACAUAGAUAAUUCUUUUUCUCAAGCAGGCAAAGUGUUGUGGAAGAGUUUAAAGAAUCUGGAUAGUGCUGUUUCACAAUUAUUAAAAAAAAAAAGUAUAAAUGAAUAUGAAAAAUGGAAAUCUAGUAUUCAAAGCGAUUUUGAUGUAUAUAAAAAGAUGAAACUUGAUGAAUUAGAGAAAAAGAAAUUGGAUUAUGAUAUACAAUUGAGAAAAUUUGUCCAAGAAAGAAUACAGUUCAAAAAUAUGGAAUUAGGGUCUUUAUGUUUAAGAAAAAAAGAUAAAAUUUCUAAAGAUUUGGAAGAAGAGCUUGGAAAUAUAGAGCUUCCUAUAAUAUCAAGCGAUCUGGAAUCCUUUUUUGAAGAAAUUGAAGAAUUAGAUACAACAAAUUUGAUAAUAUCGGAAAAAGAUAGUCAGAAGAAAUAUAAUGCAAUAAUUGAUAUUAUAGAAGAUGAAGAUUUUAAUCUGCCAGAGUGA